AUGUACCUCUUCUGUGAGAAAGGUAUCAGAGGAGGUAUUUCAAUGCUAUUAUAUGUUGAUGCCAAUGCAUUAUAUACUGAAGCAAUGAUGCAAUCUAUGCCAACAGGAGGACAUAGAUGGAUAACGCCAGAUGAAACUCCAGACCUUUUUAAUAAAAUUACCAAAUGGGAGAUCUCUAAUAAUGCAGAAAAAGGCUAUAUUUUGGAAGUUGAUCUUGACUAUCUAUAUAAAUUACACAAAGCUUAUACUUCAUAUCCUUUAGCUCCUAAAAAUAUUGAGAUUUCUAAAGAGGAAAUGAGUAAGUGUGGACAAGAUAUUAUUAAUGAUUUAAAACAUUAUACAAAGACUAAAAAACUUGUUCAAAAUCUCAAUAAUAAGAAAAAGUAUAUAGUUCAUUAUCGACCCAUGGAAGAAUUGGCAAGAUCUCAUGCUUUAGCUAAGAAUGAUUUUGAAAAAAAUAUGUAUAAGCUUCUUGGUAAUGCAAACUAUAGAAAGACAGUAGAGAAUAUAUGCAAAUAUCAAAGAAUAGAUUUUGUUAGACUAGAAGGAAAAUCGAAAAAGUUUAAAAAAUUAGUAGCUAAUCCCAGUUAUAAGUUACAUAGAAUUUUAGCAGAGAAUUUAGUAGGUAUUUCUUGUCAUCAAUCAAAAGCUAGACUUAGUAAACCUAUCUUUAUUGAUAAUGUAGAAAUAGUAUAUACUGAUACUGAUUCUCUUAUAUUACUUAUUCGAACUGAGAAUGUUUAUAAAGAUAUGGCAGAGAUGCAUGAACAUUUUGAUUUUAGUAAUUAUAAGCUGGAACAUCCUAUAUACAAAGCUCUCAGAAAAGAAAAGAUUAUUUUGAAUAAAAAAGUUCCUG